CGUCACUGAGAUGGGAACUUCGGGGGGACUAUUUAAUAAAGGCUGUGUAACUUGCGUAUUUUUAGGACUUCCAGUUGAGAUUAAAGACCAUGGCGGGGAUGCGGACCAGAGGAAGAAGAGGAGCGGACCUUGGCAGAAACAUGGCGUCCCAAGCGGCAGAUAUCGCCGCGCUGCUGCGCCAUGAGUGCUCCCUGUUAGUGGAGCUGUAUAGGAAUAAAGAGAACUUUCCAUCAGAUGUGGCCGGGGUCCCCCUGGUUUCCAUUCCCUCUCCUUCCUCUCACCUGGACCCUGGAGACAAACUGUGGCACCUCCAUUCUGCUCUGGAGCAGUGCUGCAGCCUAAUGGAGAGAGCCAUCACCAGGGAGAAGGAGGAGUUCGAUGGAGGGGAGAUGGGUGAAUACCAGACGAGAAGGAAGAUGGUGAAGGACCGACUGUCGCGUCUAGUGAUCGUCACCAGAGACCUCCUCAAAGCCACUGAUGGUCCAAGCAUUGUGACCCCGAGCUUGGACGCCUCACAGUUAGAUGGUCCCACCGCUCUGUUUGAGCUGAAGCUGUGGGUGUAUGGAAUCUUCAUGGAGGUGGAGCACUGGAGCAAUACGGCCAUCCAAAUCUUUCAGGAUCUGCAGCCUGACGCUACCAAGGUGCCGUCGAAGAGGACGAGGAGUUCAAGGAUCACUCCGAGGAUGAGAUGAGGGUGUUUUAAUGGGAGAUAAAGGAUCAGUGUGAAAAGAACAGGACUAUGGCGACAAACAGGCUGAUAUGGUCAGGCAAAGGGUAAGAAUUAAUAAGAAACAUUGAUCAUCAGUAAUAGAAGAAAUAUUGCUUGCUUUUUUAUAUACUAAACCAGAACAAAACUCAUUACCUCAAACAAGAACCCAAACAAAAAUGACAUGUUAACUGGCUUUAACUACUAGUUAAACCAGUUUCUUUUUCUUACUUUCCAGGGAAACAGAAAUAAUGCAUUAACUUUCUGUUUCUUGUUAUAAGAACUGAAUCCUUCCAUUGGACUCUCCUGUAUUUGUUACACGAUGCUGGCUUUGCACUGGAGUCAGAUUUCUUGAAGUUGUGUGAUCGUUUAGAUUGACAACGCUUCGCUUAAGUAGUCAUGCUAUUGCAGUUUUUUACUUCACUUUAUUUCAUUGUGACUUUGUGUGAUAGUGCAGCAUCUUAGUGAAUUUAACAUAGGUGUUCAGAACUUACCGUGUGACAGAGCUAAUUUCACUUUCACCCUCCCGUUGAACAUGAUGGUGGAAUAAUGAUGCUGUGGGGUAGCUUUUCAGUUGGGAACAAUUAGCUGGUCAGUUGAUGGGAGGACAGAUGGAGUUCAACACAGGGUUCAUGGUGAUGUUCAAUUAAAAUUUUAAUAUAUAUAUUUUUUUUAAAUAAGAAAAGUUGUUUGUCAUACAGGUUGAAAACACUAAAUACUUCAAGGGGUGUUAAACGUUUUUACCCUAUAGUGUUUGGUCUUUCUAUUUUCUAUUCUGCAGUUAAAGAUCUAAAUCCUCUGGGCUGAGGAGGUUUUGAAGAAAUAUUUUGUUACAGCACCCUCUAGUGUUCAUUCACUGCUAUUAUUUUUUUUUGUUUCAUUUUCUGAUAGCUUAAUUGGCCUCAGUGUUUGUCACCGGAUUGAAAAAGUGUUUUAAGAUUUUUAUGUUUUAAAUAAAGCACUUUAUUAGCAGUAAAUUAGCCCAAAUAGGAAAUGUUCUGAAGGAAAUUAAAAUAGACAUUAAAAAUAAGAGUAAAUACAGGUAUGACUUGAAACUUUUUUGUUUUCUUUUAG